UAGAGAGGGGAUCUGCAUUGUAAGUAGCUCUCGGAGCAGCAAGUGGUGGCUGUUUUUCCAACCUGUUUUUGUUUCCUCGAGGAGCAGGAGAACAAGAAGAAGAGGAAUCCGCCAGAGGAGCACAGAUUUGAAAAAGUCUGAGCUGUGUCUGGGGGGGUGGGGGUGGGGGGAAAGGGAGAAAGGAGAAGCUGGAGGAGGAGAAGGCGGAGGACAGAAGCCAGGAGGAACACAAGGCAGCAAUGGAUAGAAGAGUGGCUCAGCCUGACCCUGGGAUGGCCUGGAUUCACACACUGCUGCUGGCCACCGGCCCGCACGCGCACUAGACUGCCAACGCCGAUGAGCGCCCAUGUCGUUCAGCCAUGCUCCCUGGGUAUGGAUUCUCACCUUUUCCUGAUUUCCAGCCGCACCUUCACGCGUUUCGCUGCCGAGGAGAGAGUCCCAGCAUGUGGAUCCCUGGCUCGGGAGAGUCCCAGGCCCCGAGCGAGGCCCUGGAGGAGCGGCCCCUCCUCCACCCGUGCCACCACAAGCAUGUCGCCGUGUGCCAGGAGGAAACGUUGGCUUUCAUUGAGCUGCAACCACCGGUGACCCCGAAACUGAACGGCCACAGCGCUCAGAGGCCGACUGUUAUUCCAGACGCACAAUGCGUAACGCACUCUCGGCCAUUGAAUGGCUACAGGCACACGCUGAACGAACUGAACGACAUGAAGAGCGGCUGCCAGACGAAAGACAGUGAACAUGACGCAACGGUGGAUUUGAACUCUCAUACGCUGAGUGACACCGAACUCCAUUGCCACGAUGGUACUUCCUUGCAGGAGUGGACUGAAACGCCACAAACUGUCACAACGGAGCGUCGUCCCCCCCACACAGCUCUUAGCCUCCCUCUGUCCUUCCCUCUGCUCUCCCUGUACACGAACAGAGACUCGUGGGAAUCUCCGAUACCUUGCUCCCCAUCCUCACCUGAAGGUCCUGGGCUUCAGAGCCCAGACGCCCGCCGGCCGCAGAGGAGAACGUCUCAAGGUUCACUGAAAGAGAAGUCUAUCAGGCGAAAGGUGCAGGUUUAUUCUCCAGAGAGCCCAAGCGAUGAAUCCCUCAGCAGCCCACUCCUGGAAGCGGACCAUAUCUUCCCCGGACCGUUUGCGUCUUUCCUGGAGGAGGACCUGAGCGGUUUGUCUUCCCUGGAGGCCAUUUCAAGUCCCUCGUCCGCGGACUGUGCCGCCGAUCUCCCAGACCUCAGUCCCGAUGAUAUUUUCGAUCUGCCCACUGAACCACUGCAGAUAAUAGAGGACUCGAUACUGGACGUGAGGGAAGACGGCGGGGCGCCCGGGGCCACGGGCGGGAGCUUCUUGUCACGCAGCCGCCAAGGGGAGCAGGAGCGGCGGCGCUUCUCCGCUUCCGAACUCAUAUCUAGACUGCAGCUGUCUCAGAGGAAGAACUCCUUCACCCUGAAGCUUGGGAAGUCGCUGUCGGCACGGGUGACCUCCAGGGACAGACAGAGCUCCAACGGCGUCGGCCCCAACCCCGACUAUAAGUCCAACUCCAAGCAGCGCAGCUCGGGAGGUUCUGGUGACAGCGCCCCCCACAGUCCUGUGGGACCGGCACCUCCUCUGCCCAGCAGUGACAAUGGGAUGCCUCUGCAUCGAUGGAGCACAAAACUCGGAAUGCGAAAGAAAUCCAUAGAAGAAGACUCGGGAGCACUUCCAACUGUUGCCAGUUCGAAUCGCCUGUCCAGGUUUCUGCCCAGUUCGAUUCUGUACCAGGAGUACAGCGACGUCGCCAUCAACAGAGAGAUCCAGCGACAGCAGGGGAAGGAGCCGGGCACAGAGUACGAGGGGCUCAGGGAUGAGGGGUCUGACGGGAUCCCGUCUCCCUCCAACCUGUCUCCGUCCAGCUCCUUUCGCUCGUCGCGGGGCUCUGCCUUCGCACUGUGGCAGGACAUACCCGAUGUCCGAACCAGCGGGCAGCUUGACAAUUUCAGCAACGAGGAGAGGAAGUUACAGGAGGCAAAGUUUGAGCUGGUGACCUCUGAGGCGUCGUACAUCCGCAGCUUGACGAUCGCCGUGGACCACUUCAUGCUGUCGCAGGAGCUCGCCGAGUGCCUUGGCGCUCAGGAUAAGCAGUGGCUGUUCUCCAAGCUCCCCGAAGUCAAAGAUGUCAGUGAGAGGUUCCUGCAGCACCUGGAGCACAGACUGGAGGAAGACAUUCUGCGCUUCGACGUGUGCGACAUUGUCCUGGACCACUGCCCGGCUCUACGAAGGGUUUAUUUGCCUUACGUAACCAACCAGGCCUACCAAGAGCAGACGUACCAGCGUUUGCUGCACGACAACCCCCGCUUCCCCGGCAUCCUGGCUCGUUUGGAGGAGGACCCCGUCUGCCAAAGACUUCCCCUGACCUCUUUUCUGAUCCUCCCAUUUCAGAGGAUCACACGGCUUAAAAUGCUGGUGGAGAACAUCUUGAAGAGGACAACGCCGGGCUCUCGAGAUGAGGACACCGCCACGAAGGCGUUCAAUGAGCUGAAAAAGAUCAUCAAAGAAUGUAACUCCAGUGUGCAGUCAAUGAAGAGGAUGGAGGAGCUUAUUCACCUCAAUAAGAAAAUUCAUUUUGAGGGAAAGAUUUUUCCUCUGAUCUCUCAGUCCCGCUGGCUGGUGAAACAUGGCGAACUCCUGGAGGUGGACACGCAGACAAUGAGUUUUUCCGGAUCAAAGCUGAAGUUGCCCACCAAGCCUGUGUACCUCCACCUGUUCAAUGACUGUCUCCUGCUGUCCAGGAGGAAGGACACCUGGAAGUUCAUGGUGUUCGUACAUGCCAAGAUCGGCGAGCUGAAAGUGAAGGACCUCAGUCAGAAGCUGCAGGGCAUCUCGGGCUUCAUCUUCCACCUGCAGCUGUGCGAAGGCCAGCAGCUCAAACACCAGAUCCUGCUCAAGUCCCACACCGAGAGCGGCAAGCAGCGAUGGAUCACAGCAAUGUUCCCUUCGGAUCCGCUUGAAGACAUCGAGCAGGCCAAUGAGAACGAUGAUAUAUCCCAGGUUCAAUGCAUCAAAAGCUAUCAGGCCCAAGAGCAUGAUGAGUUAACACUGGAGAAGGCUGACAUUCUUCAUGCUAAGACCAUUACAAGUGAUGGCUGGGUGGAAGGCAUCAGGCUGUCGGACGGGGAACGGGGCUGGUUCCCCAAAACCUACGUGGAAGAGAUCACAAGUCGCAGCGCUCGCCUCCGCAACCUCCGGGAGAAUAUCCGCAUCAAAUGUGUCACACAGAAACUGGAGGGAGAGGACUAACCGUUUUAGCUGCAGCUCGUCCCGUGUCAGGGGUUCAUUUCAUCCGAAACAAAUUUCAUUGUUGAGCUUCUGGAUCCUUGUUUUGAUUUUAGAUGGAUGUGGGACCUUUGUGUACUGUAGGUUGCAGGUUCCAUUGCAAGCCAACAUUUUUUGACUGACUGCUCUUACUAAUUUCCUUUAGCAUCCUAGCUAUGAGAGCCUACUUUCCCCUUACAGUUCCAGUAUAAUAGGCUUUUAUACAAUAUAAGUCUGUUGUCAAAAGUUCAAAUUAGUUUGUUUGUUUUUUUUAGCAGUUUUUCCUCUGUAGAUUACCUUAAGCAUGCUUUCUGGGAAUGCUUUUCAAUACUGUUUUAAAAUCAUACAUUCAUGUAUGCACAUUUACCAGCUGUGCUCAAAGAACACAUCUUGAGGCGAAUGUGUACAUUUCUUGUUUCAUGUCAGAGGAGAUCAACCCGUAACAGUUAGCACGAGGCGAACUCAAAGUCUGUCCCCAUACAGAUUUUAAAAUCCCCCUUUGAGGUGCAGGACUUUCAUUCAUGUAUUAGAAAAUCCCCUGAGGCAGAUUCUUAGCUUCUGCCUCUGCUCUGCCGCGUUAAUGUAACUGACACGUGUGCAGAGCAUCGGUUACUUUGUCCCCAUGUGUUCAAGAUGUGGACUGUUAGAAAAGCGUGCCUCUUUCUUAAACGGGACAACACCGUCCCUGCAUGUACUGUAAAGGGACUGUAGUAACAGUCUGGCCUGCAUGAACACUGGGGAUUGGUCAGACAAGGCCAUUUUUAUUUUGUCGACAAACCCCACGAAGAGACCACAUCACAACAAUGAAGUGAUCCUGCUGAGCGGUAUUGUCCGUCUCAGCCUAAUCUUUCUUCUGUUCCGUAGAGUUCUUUUCUAGUCCAAAACCUUUGAAAAGACGCACACAAACAUGCGCACUGUAGUUUAUUUUUACUAACACCCCCCCACCACACACACACACACACACACACACACACACACACACACACACACACACUCACACUCCGUCCUACACCCGUGAAUACUGACUAGAGCGUCAAAUGUGUUUUAAUCCAACCCUGAAACUGGUCCCGAAACAAACUAACUGUGGACUACAGUGCCAUCGAAUAAACACAUUGUAGGUUUUGAUCUUUUCACGGAAUUUGUCGACGGUAAAAUGUCAACAAAUUCCGUGGAAAGAUAACACGCGAACAAAAUAACACGAGCCUUGUUCUAUCAAACGAGGACAUUGGAGAAAAAUAUGUCAAAUUUAAAUUGUGUGAUAAAUGUGCAAAUUAAACUUCAAAAGUACACAUUUUUUACAUUUUUUUUAAACAAAUCCCAGUUUAGCACCAGUUCAGCAAAAAGCGUUAUGAUUCUCAUAACACAGAAUACAAAGGCAGUUAUACACUAAGCACUGAGUUACGUUCAGGAUAUUAACAUCAUUCCCCUCAUUAAGUGUAAAAGUCCCCAGUCGAUCAAUUGCACAGUUUAACUGUGCCAGAUGUGUUGUUCAUCGACCACUGUAGUCGACAUUCAAAUGUAAACUCUACCAGUGGCACAUGCAAUGUUUAUAACCCCACUUUGUUUUUUUUCUAUAUCUAAGUUGUUAGUUGUAAUUUAAGUGGUUGCUGUUGCAGCGUGUGUAUUUAUACUCCUCUAGCUGGUUGUUCUCUAAGGAGAUUCUUGAUGUAAAUGUACUUUUCUGUAGAUGGCCUCGUGUAUAAAGAGUAGAAAGUGGUCCAUUUACGUUUUUUAACAGUAAUUUAUAAAGAUAUAUAAAGAUAUAAUGACAUUCCAUAGCUAUAAACUUUGCAGUCAGGCUGAUUUCUAAUACCGCGAGGACUAUAAAUACUGUAACACACUGGAUGUUUACUGGAUUUCUCAACACUACUGUAAAUGUUUAACCAAUGAAAUAAAAGCAGAUAGUUUCAUUUUA